ACUUUAACAUCACUUCCCAUCGACUACCUCCCACCCCUCCGACUCCUCACCACCAGCUUCAGACGCUGUCGAAAACCAUCUCGCUCUUACGAUCCGUGAAUCGCGCGAGCUAAUUCCAUCUCUUCCAGCUAUCAUUUGACCACCUCAAGUCCUCUCCCCACCGCUACAUAAUUCACAAUGGAGGAAGAAGUUGCUGCCCUCGUCAUUGACAAUGGUUCGGGUAUGUGCAAGGCCGGUUUCGCCGGUGACGAUGCGCCCCGUGCUGUCUUCCCUUCCAUUGUCGGUCGCCCCCGUCACCAUGGUAUCAUGAUUGGUAUGGGCCAGAAGGACUCCUACGUCGGUGAUGAGGCACAGUCCAAGCGUGGUAUCCUUACCCUCCGCUACCCCAUCGAGCACGGUGUCGUCACCAACUGGGACGACAUGGAGAAGAUUUGGCACCACACCUUCUACAACGAGCUCCGUGUCGCUCCCGAGGAGCACCCCGUCCUGCUGACGGAGGCCCCCAUCAACCCCAAGUCCAACCGUGAGAAGAUGACCCAGAUCGUCUUCGAGACCUUCAACGCCCCCGCCUUCUACGUCUCCAUCCAGGCCGUCCUGUCCCUGUACGCCUCCGGUCGUACCACUGGUAUCGUGCUUGACUCUGGUGACGGUGUCACCCACGUUGUCCCCAUCUACGAGGGUUUCGCCCUGCCCCACGCCAUUGCCCGUGUCGACAUGGCUGGUCGCGACUUGACCGACUACCUCAUGAAGAUCCUGGCUGAGCGUGGCUACACCUUCUCCACCACUGCCGAGCGUGAAAUCGUUCGUGACAUCAAGGAGAAGCUCUGCUACGUUGCCCUCGACUUCGAGCAGGAGAUCCAGACCGCCCCCCAGAGCUCCAGCCUGGAGAAGUCUUACGAGCUUCCUG